AAAAUUGCAAAAGUUUGGCCACGAAGAGUGUCGUCAUAGUUUGUUGACCUUUGACCGCCCGUUGCUAUGUACCGGGGGACGCUAUGUUAUGGUUGCCGUGGUUCAUUCAUUCCCCCAAGCGUGCGAAGCGCGGCAGAGCAACAGUUGGAUUAACCGCAGUGAACGAGCAGCUUGGCCUUUUCAACGGCCAACUACAGGCGCUGUCUGAAGCAUUUAAUUGCGGCAACAAGUCGGAAAUUGUUAGGUUGAACCAGGUGGCGGGAAAAAUCCACGUGUAGCGACAAUGUUGGUGAGCAACACAGGGCGGUUUCGCGACAGGAACCCUGACAUCAGCGCAGCUGGAAAGUUAUGGCCGAUGGGAGGCACUGCAAAAGGCUGUUUGGAACCUCCCCCUUCUAGAGUACGGACACCAAAAAUAGUAAAGAAGUACAUCAACACAACACGUCCGGACGCCGGUGUGACGCGGGUGUUCUAUGGGAAAGCGGGAGACGAGUUUCUGACGCGGGCUGCGGAGAUGAGACACGGGCUCAGCACAAAGCCGUCUCUCACGGCAGGGCAGCUGGCCAACCCCUGGCCAAAGACGUUGUUCCAGCACAGACUACUGGACAAGCGUGAGGGCCUCUACUCCAGCCAUCAGAAGGCUCCCCUGGGGAGAACACACGACCAAACCCCCAACAUACCCUCCUGGUUUUACCCAGAGUCAACUACAUGUGGGGUCAAGACAUUAAAAGACUAUACAGCAACAGAAAUUGUCAACCCUCCUAAGUCCUGGAGAAAAGUGAAGGAGGAGGAUCUAGUAGGAAAGGACCUGUACAAGUUGUCCCACUCGGAUUACGAUGUCGGCGAGAGCUACGACCGAAAAUACGACUGGAGUCAAAUCCCAAAGACGAGCAUGUUUGGCGUGGAGACACCACACUUUGUUGAUGGCCGCAACGUGAGAAAGACUCUAAAGUGGCUGCAUGAUGUGGAAAGUGAAAAAGCGACCAAGAUUGUGUCUAAGAGAGUGGAUGACUUCAGGGAACGUACGCAGCCUCAACUUGCAAUGGUUCACGACCCUAUCAAAGACACUUUGAAUGUUGGACCUGACCACACGUUUGGGACUUUGGUCAAGCCUGAUGAAUAUGGUGCAGGAGACCUUAUCCACUGCAGAGCGCCUAACGAUUACCUACGUGGCCGUGACAGGGAAAGGGGCAUCGUGGCCGCCAUCCGACAGCAUCUAAAGAAGGCCAACUACCACAACUUUGACAGCCUGCUUGACGCAUUCAGACAUUAUGAUAGGGACAGAGCAGGGGUGAUCACGAUAGCCCAGCUGAGAGAGGUCUGUGCCCAGUUCAGCCUUCCCAUCGAACCAGAGCUCAUGGAACUGCUCUUCAACUACUGCGACGUCAACAGAGAUGGCGUCAUCGACUAUGAGGAAUUUGCCAACUUCUUGAACUGGAAGGACAAGAUGCCAAGUGGUUUAAACACAGCAAGAAAAGGAAGCCUGGAAGGUGCAGUGGAGGAAGGAGAGCUCUCACCUGAGUCGACCCCUAAGAUAUUGAUGAAGCAGAUCGACCACGCCAUUGGUCAGCAUCGCACCUCCAACUCCAUAUAUGGAUCUGUCAACCUGGGGACCAAAGGUUUCCGAGCUUAUGGCAUCCCCACCGUCAGGAGUGACUUACCUGCGCCCCUGAUCAAGCGCGUGAGCGACAGGAAGAACUACGGCGACGAGUCCAACGCUUACGGCCUGGUCAACCCCAGCAUCUACAGCAACCAUGGCGUACACGAGAAGGACUUCUUUGAGGCCAGGCCCAAAGCUGAGAUUGCCUACAUCUUUAAGAGCAUUGGUGUCGACAUGGAUGAAAAGACAUUUGAUGACCUUUGGGAACAGGCGUCCAGUCGCCAUCCGCAAGGUCGGGUCAGCGUGGAAUCGUUCCGAAGCUUGUUGGAUGAGGCGAGAGUAGCGCAGAUGCACGCGGAGGAACAGCAUGCGAUGCGGGAAAGUUCAAGAGACCUCGUGGUUCCCUUGUACAGUUAGAGUGGAUCGUCCAAUGUGGCUCCAGGGAUCUUCAAAGUUUAGUAGGAUAACUGUUCCUCUCGUGUUGAUAAAGGUUGAACUCAUACACAUAAAAUAUGUAUCUAAUCAGAACUGCAGCCCUGUAUCUUCCAAGUUCAGCAUUAUGUUAAAAAUACUUGUAUAUAUUGCACGAUUUUAAUACUCUAUUUUCAGUAUUACCUUUCCUCUACACUUGUUUGACUCACUCACAUUUGGUGUAUUUUGUAGGCAUCUAUGCAUGCUGUUAGGGUACCUUUAUGACAAGAGUUCUGAACCUUCUAUCCCUUUAACAAUACAGAUUAGGUGCCAAAAGGCUACUUUAGCAGGGCUAAGGUUUUGAGUACUCUGUUCCAAGUGUUACUGCCGACUGAGAUUUGAAGUUUAAAGUCAUCUGCUGCUACAUAUUGCUGUCGCAAAGCCGAUGUGAGAUUCCCAUGACUUUUAAACUUCCAUGUAAACUAUUUGUGAAUACAUUUUCUAUUAUUCUCUAUUUGAGGGUGGAAAGGACGUGAAAUGUACAGAUGAAUUUGUUCUGAGUUUUGAACAUGGUUCCAAGAGAUUUUGACAGAUGAUUGAGAUUGUUUAUAUUUAGUGUGAAAGUAAUGGCCAAAACCCAAAGUAAACAUAUAUUUGGAUACUAACAUUUGAUGUCUAUCGUCUACAAUAUAUAAAACAGUGUUACAUGCUAAUGCUACGACUUAAGCGUUGCUAGCUAUUCAAGUGUUACAACUUCAUCAUAUCAAUAAAGACAGUAGACAGGACUGUUGGCACAUUAUAUAUUGUUACAGCUUCUGAAUGCUUUUGUACAGUUUUGUAUGCAUUUGUGACUGACGACCUGUAAGAAAAAAUACAAAUAUGCAACAUA